UUGAGACCAGUGCCACUUCCUUCCCCAGCGGUGGUGGGGCUUUUCUGCCCGCUCUCUUCCUAUCAAAGGCAUUUCCUCACCUCCUGCUGCUCAAGGCGAGUGUCCCUGAGAACUCAAGAGCAGCCGCCCUGAAAGAGCAGGAGACACCAGCGGAGAAGACCUUUCGCCUCCCGUCAUCAUGGCUGCUCUCAAUGACAGCAGCUUUGACCCCGUCACGUUUGUCCUGACCGGCAUCCCCGGCAUGGAGGAAUCCCACGUGUGGAUUUCUGUCCCCUUCUGCCUCAUGUACGUCGUGGCCCUCUUGGGGAACUCGUUCCUCCUCUUCCUCAUUGCCAUGGACCACAGCCUUCGCCAGCCCAUGUGCCUCUUCCUGGCCAUGCUCUCUGUGUCGGACCUCCUGCUGUCCACGGUCACUGUGCCCGAGAUGCUGGCCAUCUUCUGGUUCGGCUCCAGGAAGAUCUCCUUCGACGCCUGCAUUGCCCAGAUGUUCUUCACCCACUUCAGCUUCAUCGCGGAGUCCACCAUCCUGCUGGCCAUGGCCUUUGACCGCUAUGUUGCCAUCUGCGACCCGCUGCGCUACAUGGCCAUCCUGACCCCGUCGGUGAUUGGGAAGGUGGCCCUGGCGGCCGUGGUCAGGGGGCUGUGCAUCAUGUCCCCACCCAUCUUCCUCCUCAAGAGGCUGCCCUACUGUGGCCACAGCACCAUGCAGCACACCUACUGCGAACACAUGGGCAUUGCCCGCCUGGCCUGCGGAGACAUCACCAUCAACAUCUGGUACGGCUUCACGACGACCCUCCUGUCCUCAGGGGUGGACGUGGUGCUCAUUGCCUUGUCGUACGGCUUGAUCCUCAGGGCCGUCUUCCAGCUCUCCUCCAAGGAGGCCCGCCUCAAGGCUCUCCGCACCUGCGGCUCCCACAUCUGCAUCAUCCUGAUGUUCUACAUGCCUGCCUUCUUCUCCUUCCUCACCCACCGCUUUGGCCACAACAUCCCCAGCUGCAUCCACAUCCUGCUGGCCAACCUCUACGUCAUUGUUCCUCCCAUGCUCAACCCCAUCGUCUAUGGGGUGAGAACGAGGCAGAUACGGGAGCGAGUCACCCACGUGUUCUCGCGGACAGGGAGGUGGAGGUGCUGCUAGAAGGCAGCGCUUGGUGCAUCAGCCCCCUGAACCUUUGCAGAAGGUUGCCUGAGAUGUGGAGACCCUCCUUCAUGAGAGAAGGAAGGUGGGCUGCUGAGAAAUUGGGUGAGCAGGAAGCUAAGGUGCAAUUCUUACCUGGCUCUCUGCUCUCAGUUUCAUAGAGCUGGGGAAAGUUCAGACAAGGGCAACCGAAAUGAUCAAGGGGUGAAAUGACUCCCCAACACGGAAAUGUAGCAACUUUUGUGACUUUUUAGUUUACGAAAGCGAAGAGGUGCCAUGAUAAAAUUAUAUGUGGCAUGGAGAAAACGGAUAGAGAAACGUUUUUCUCCCCCUCACCUAACACGAGGGAGAUCUAAUAAAGCUGAAUGCUGGAAGAUUUGUGGCAGAUAAAAGAAAUGACUUUUCCACGCAGAGUUAAACUGUGGAACUCACACCUACAAGAUGAUGUCCGCCAACCUAUAAGAGGAUUAAACAAAUUCAUGGAGGAGAUCAUCAAUGGCUCUGCUCUGCUUGCACAAUCAGAGGCGCAAAUGCUUCUGAAUACUGGUUGCUAGAAGCCACAGGGUCUCUGUGCUUCAGAUCCUGUUUGAUGGCUUCUCAUUAGGACAUCUGGUCAGCCACUGUGAGAACAGAAUGUGACGCAGCCCUAAGCGAUACUGAAAGUCCGUUGGAAUUGGGAAGCAUCGUUGUUAAGUGGUAGAGCACCUGCUUGGAAUGUAGAAAACUUAAGGAACGGGGGCGGGGGGAGUCACAGGGUUCACAGAAUCCCAUUUUAUGGAUUUGACAUUGUUUUUGUGUACAGUUUUCUUUGUGGUUGUU